AGUGGCGCAUCGAUCGGAGAAAAGACAACAUUGGGCAAGAAGUGUCGCCGUAAACGUCGUAAACAAAGGCUUUUUCACGGUUUUUAGUGGAAAUCAGGGAGGUUUUUCUACAUUUAUCGCUAUGGACGAGGACUUUGAGGACGAUGGAUGGAUGGGCCGGCAUAGAGUGGGUGAUGAAGAGCCUGAGGGACCGGAACAUAUUGAGAAUCCGCAGGAAGUACUGAAUGAGUGCCUGGAGAAGUUCUCCACGUCGGAUUACAUCAUGGAACCGGGUAUUUUCACACAACUCAAGAGAUACUUCCAGGCGGGUGGAACGCCCGAGCAAGUGAUUAAUCUCUUGUCGCACAACUACUCUGCCGUGGCUCAGAUGACCAACUUGAUAGCAGAGUGGCUGAUUACAGCCGGUGUGAAGGUUGUGGAUGUCCAGGCGAUGGUGGAGAAUCACCUGAAAGACAUGAUUUUGCGUACAUUUGACCCGAAGAAGGCCGACACGAUCUUCACGGAAGAGGGAGAAACUCCUGCCUGGUUGACUGAGAUGAUAGAGCACCACACUUGGAGAUCGCUUAUUUAUCGCCUCGCUGAGGAAUAUCCAGAUUGCCUUAUGCUAAACUUCACGAUCAAGUUGAUCUCCGAUGCUGGAUUCCAGAGCGAAAUCACGUCCAUCUCUACUGCCGCACAGCAAAUUGAGGUGUUCUCGCGCGUCCUAAAGACUGCCAUCACGAAAUUCCUCACAAAUCCUGACGAUGUACAAAAUUCCAUUCUCGAAUGUGCCAAAAUGGUCUGCCAUGGUCAACAUACGUACGUCUACAGCCAAGUUCUGAUACAGGUCUUAUCCCAAGAGGCCAAAGGUGGAUUCAACAUGAAGCGUCUGUCGCAGGAAAUCACAAAAUACGCCCUUCAAAUCAAUCAAAAUGUGACUCCGAUUACAAUGGCACUGAAUGGAUCUGCUGGAUAUCCGCAAGCUUGCGAAGCUCUGACGUCGAUGCUGUCGCGAAACACCCUCAAUCCGGCAGAUAUCAAUGUUCUCUACCGCAACUACUCAGCCGUGGAUCCGCCGCCGAUUGAUCUGAUCCGCAAUCCGCAGUUUCUUGAUCUUCUGGUGGACUCGCUGUUCAAGGCGGGUGUGAAAAUCAAUCCGGAGCACAAGUCCAAGUACAUCUACUUACUGGCAUAUGCGGCAAGUGUGUGUGAGACGCAGACGAAGAAAGGCGGACAGAUGAAGAGGAUGAUCAACAAGGAUGAGCUGAAGAACACGACACAAGCCAUUGAGAAGGUUCAUGCGAUAUGCAAUGUGAACAAGGGUUCAACGGAGCUGAUUGCCGAUCUGCAGGUGUUGUACAACUGCAUUAGAUACCCGGUUGUGGGUGUGGGAGUGAUUCGCUGGGUGGAGAACACGGUGACGGAGCCGUCGUACUUCAAGCUGUCCACGGACAGUUGCCCUCCGCAUCUGGCCUUGCUCGAUGAAGUCGCCACAGUUCACAGCUCGCUGCAUCCGCAGAUUCUGCGUCUCCUCAUUCGUCUGUUCGAGUCGAAGCAGGACGAAUUGGAGAUUCUGGUGCAGCUGGAGAUGCGCAAGAUGCUGCUGGAUCGCAUGGUGAAUCUGCUUACGCGAGGAUGUGUCGUUCCGGUGGUGAAGUACAUCAAGCAGUGCUGCCAGCGCGGGGACACGGACAUCUCGCUGAUCAGAUACUUCGUCACGGAAGUCCUGGAGACAAUCACACAUCCGUACUCGCCGGAGUUCGUGCAGCUCUUCCUGCCGAUGGUGGAGAAUGAGGAAAUCACGGGGUCGAUGCGAGGCGAGGGUGACCAGGACCCUGUCUCGGAAUUCAUCGUUUACUGCCGACCUGUUGGGCGACAAUGAGACUCUGAAAUGGCAAAGGUGUAUUUCAGAUUGAACGCGCAAUCCAAACAUGGGGAAGUGCGAACAUGGAGCGUGAUAAGAUAGAGUGGAUUUUAUAAUAAUUAAGAACAUGAGGAAGAAUGUGGACGAGCACAAAAUAAAAAAAAUGUAACGCCACUGAAAAUCGUCGAAGGAGUCUCAAUUGUCUGUGG